GCCCGACAGUCAAAAUGGUCCUCGAAGUCGCUUCACUGACUAAUGAAAAUUUCCUUAAUGAGCUUCAAGAGAGUGCAGCCAAAAAGGAUUGGAAAAAUAUCCUUAAGAUAAGUAAAAGAUAUGGAUUCGCGAUAAGUACGAUCGCAUUGUGGGUGUUUCCAUCGGAAUUUUGUCUGCAGCAGAUGAAGACCACGCUGAAAAGUUUAAAUAUUUCAAAUAUUUUAAGUGUCGGCUGUGGAAUUGGAUUAUUGGAAUUUAUCAUACGUGAAAGUGUUGGCGUCAAGAUGAGCGGACUUGAAAUAGAUUCAAAAUAUUGGAGUCGUAAGAAGCCAUUCAUAAAUCUCAAAUUUGUUGAGCAUGGUCAGGAACUAUCAUCAAAAUUAAUCUUAGACACCUGCCUUAGUAAGAAUUGGGACUUUGCUCUUCUCUUUUGCUACUUCAACCUCCGUCGUGCAUUUAAUGAAUACAUCAAAUAUUAUAAAGGCAACUAUGUGAUCAUAAUUGGACCGGCUGCAAAUACAGGACGAUAUACAGACCCACUACCAUUAGACUUUCAAGACAAUGAGGAAUUCCAGCUGGUACAUCUUAGUGACUUUGGAGAUAAUCGUGACUUACUAGCUAUUUAUGAGAGGAAGAACAAAAAGUUUGCUGUGUGAAAGUGAAAAUUAUUUAAAAUUAA